AUUCAAAUUAAUAAGUUAAUUUGACUACAAUUCACCGUUUGUGAAGUUGGUAGCGGUUGUUCCAUACGUGCAUAGGCGUUGAGCAGACAGACAUCCGCACUUGUUGUUUCUUCUUCGCUGUUGUUCAUAUAAACCAUCAUGCCGAAAAAAACGCCACAAGCACCAAAGUUUGUCGAAAAACUUGAAAACAUCGAAGUAAACGUCGGAAAAACAGCGAUCAUUGACUGCGUCUGUACAGGAGAACCUGAACCAGAUUGUGAUUGGUUCUUUGAAGAAAAACCUAUUAAAGAUGAAGGGAGGUUUCGCUAUUUAUUUGAGAAGGAUGACGUAAUUGGCUUAGAAAUUAAAAAAGUGACAGCAGAAGAUGAAGGCGAGUACAAAUGCGUUGCUUUCAACAAGUCAGGAGAAGUAGAAUCCAAGUGCACCAUCUUAGUCAAUGCCGCAGGCAAAAUCGUCGAUGCACCCAGGAGUGAAAGUUACAACGAAAAUCAAACAGCAAUAUUUAAAUGUGAAUACGUUGGUCAUCCCCAUCCCGAAGUCGGAUGGUUUCGGGGAAAAAAAGAGAUUAAAAAUGGCGGGAAAUAUCUGAUAACGAAAAAAAAUCAGAUAUCUUGCAUUGAAAUUGACGAGUUGACGCUUGAUGACGGGGGUUCAUAUAGUGUUGUAGUAAAUAAUGAAUCAGGGGAGGACGAAGUAUCGUUCACGUUAACGGUGUAUCCUGACAAGAAAAAGCCUGCAAAGAAGGAAUCUACUGAUCCUAUGGCUGGGGUAACUAAUUUUCAAAAGCAAGCUGCUGGUCGUCUGUUCACACCCCCGGGAAGAAAAAACAAAAAGAAGAAGAAGCUUCCAAUUGAACGAGAAGGAAUUAUUGCAGAGAAUCCAGAGAAGUUUUACACAUUUGGAGAUGAAAUUGGAAGAGGAAAAUUUUCAGUCGUUCGACAGGCUGUCAAUAUGAAAACCAAACAAAAAUACGCAGCAAAAAUUAUCAAGUUCGAUGCUGACUCGCUGAAAUUCGCUAUUCGUGAAUACGAUCUAAUGGCCAGUGGCAAGACUGUGACGAAAGGAACUGUGAAACUGCAUGAAGCGUAUUUAGUGCAAAAAUAUUUAAUUCUCAUCAUGGAUUUAAUUGAAGGAAAGACAUUAUUAGAUCAAGUUUCUCAUCGACAUUCUUUAAAUGAAGACGAUGUUGCUUACAUCAUUAGACAACUUUGUGAGACUUUAGCUGAACUUCACUCCAGAAAUGUUAUCCAUCUAGACUUGCGCCCAACAAACAUUCGAUUUUACUCAGGACGAGAAGUUAAACUUCUUGAUUACAACAGCUCUCGCCAUAUUGCAAAUAAAUUCGCUGGAGAGGUGGUGGAUGUGAUUGGAGACACUGAGUUCUGCGCGCCGGAAUUAUUGAAUUUCGAGCCAGUACUUCCUGGGUCCGACAUGUGGUCAGUUGGUGUGAUCACAUAUAUAAUGUUGAGUGGUAUCUCUCCUUUCUUCUACGAAGAUGAAUCAAAGGUUGUGAUGAGUGUGCAAAAUGUGAAGUGGAAGUUUGACGAAGAUGCUUUUGAAAACGUCUCCUCAAAUGCUAAAGACUUCAUUAAAAAAAUUUUUGUCCGUAUUCCAGAGCAAAGACUUACCGCCGUAGGAGCGUUGAAACAUCCAUGGCUAAGUAAAGAUUAUGAAGCUCAAAGAAAAAACUGUGUGCUCACUAACGCUUUGGACGAGAUGCAAGCAACUGACGAGCGAUUGUAUUCUGAGGAAGAAGAAGAUUAUGUUGACGCGUCUUUAGUAUUCAGAACAUUCGACGAAGAAAUGUACGAGUCACCAGAAGAAAGUGAUGAUGACGACGAAGAAGAGUAAGAGUCAGCAUAUUCGAAGAAUGCAGAACUAUCACAUCAAUUUAGCGGCGAUUUAAAAUUUUUUGUACAAUAAUGUGAUUAUUUGUUUUUGUGAUUGUUUUUCGCCCGAUGGCAUCUUAUUGUCUUUUGUACAUUUUUUACUUUUUAGCAAAACGCAUGUACGUAGGAACUUUAUUUAAAGGAUAUUUGAAGCGUGACACAUUGUAAUGAAGAGUGUUACAAGAAAAAAAACAAUUUUUGCAA